CGCCCCAACUCUGCAGUCAUUGGAGGAGCUUGAAGUUGAAGGCUCCUGCUAAAAAUCAGUACGUUUCAUUUUGCAGUUACUGGGAGGGGGCUGCUUGCUGUGGCCCCAUCAGGAAGAGUAGACCUCUGGUCCAGCUCCGCGCAGGGACGGAGCCUGUCACCAUGCCGGCCUGCUGCAGCUGCAGCGAUGUUUUCCAGUAUGAGACGACCAAAGUCACUCGGAUCCAGAGCAUGAAUUAUGGCACCAUUAAGUGGUUCUUCCACGUGAUCGUCUUUUCCUACGUUAGCUUUGCUCUGGUGAGUGACAAGUUGUACCAGCGGAAAGAGCCUGUCAUCAGUUCUGUGCACACCAAGGUGAAGGGGAUAGCAGAGGUGAAAGAGGAGAUCGUGGAGAAUGGAGUGAAGAAGUUGGUGCACAGUGUCUUUGACACUGCAGACUACACCUUCCCUUUGCAGUUUUUAGAGGCACAGCCACCAAGCCAGCAAGGUCUGCCUAGACUCAGAAGGACAGAGAACUUUCUACCGAAGAGUACCAGCCCUUCUAGAUUGUGUGGCGUUUUAUCAACAAAAACGACUCCAGGAGACCAUUCUUGGGGGAACUCUUUCUUCGUGAUGACAAACUUUCUCAAAACAGAAGGCCAACAGCAGCGGUUAUGUCCCGAGUAUCCCACCCGCAGGACGCUCUGUUCCUCUGACCGGGGUUGUAAAAAGGGAUGGAUGGACCCACAGAGCAAAGGAAUUCAGACCGGAAGGUGUGUAGUGUAUGAAGGGAACCGGAAGACCUGUGAAGUCUCUGCCUGGUGCCCCAUCGAGGCAGUGGGAGAGGCCCCCCGGCCUGCUCUCUUGAACAGUGCAGAAAACUUCACCGUGCUCAUCAAAAACAAUAUCGACUUCCCCGGCCACAACUACACCACGAGAAACAUCUUGCCUGGUUUAAACAUCACUUGUACCUUCCACAAGACUCAGAAUCCACAGUGUCCCAUUUUCCGACUAGGAGACAUCUUCCGAGAAACAGGCGAUAAUUUUUCAGAUGUGGCAAUUCAGGGCGGAAUAAUGGGCAUUGAGAUCUACUGGGACUGCAACCUAGACCGUUGGUUCCAUCACUGCCGUCCCAAAUACAGUUUCCGCCGCCUUGACGACAAGACCACCAACGUGUCCUUGUACCCUGGCUACAACUUCAGAUAUGCCAAAUACUACAAGGAAAACAAUGUUGAGAAACGGACUCUGAUAAAAGUCUUUGGGAUCCGUUUUGACAUCCUGGUUUUUGGCACCGGAGGAAAAUUUGACAUUAUCCAGCUGGUUGUGUACAUCGGCUCAACCCUCUCCUACUUCGGUCUGGCCACUGUGUUCAUUGACUUCCUCAUCAACACUUACUCCAGUAACUACUGUCGCUCCCAUAUUUAUCCCUGGUGCAAGUGCUGUCAGCCCUGUGUGGUCAACGAAUACUACUACAGGAAGAAGUGCGAGUCCAUUGUGGAGCCAAAGCCGACAUUAAAGUAUGUGUCCUUUGUGGAUGAAUCCCACAUUAGGAUGGUGAACCAGAAGCUACUAGGGAGAAGUCUGCAAGAUGUCAAGGGCCAAGAAGUCCCAAGACCUGCAAUGGACUUCACAGAUUUGUCCAAGCUGCCCCUGGCCCUCCAUGACCCACCCCCGAUUCCUGGACAACCAGGGGAGAUGCAGCCGCUUAGAGAGGAGGUGACUCCUAGAUCCAGGGACAGCCCCGUCUGGUGCCAGUGUGGAAGCUGCCUUCCGUCCCAACUCCCCAAGAGCCACAGGUGCCUGGAGGAGCUGUGCUGCCGGAAAAAGCCGGGGGCCUGCAUCACCACCUCAGAGCUGUUCAGGAAGCUGGUCCUGUCCAGACACGUCCUGCAGUUCCUCCUGCUCUACCAGGAGCCCUUGCUGGCGCUGGAUGUGGAUUCCACCAACAGCCGGCUGCGGCACUGUGCCUACAGGUGCUACGCCACCUGGCGCUUCGGCUCCCAGGACAUGGCUGACUUUGCCAUCCUGCCCAGCUGCUGCCGCUGGAGGAUCCGAAAAGAGUUUCCCAAGAGUGAAGGGCAGUACAGUGGCUUCAAGAGUCCUUACUGAAGCCAGGCACCAUGGCUCACGUCUGGAAUCCCAGCCCUUUGGGAGGCCGAGGCAGGCAGAUCACCCGAGGUUGGGAGUUGGAGACCAGCCUGGCUAACAAGGCGAAAUCCCGUUUGUACUAAAAAUACAAAAAUCAGCCAGACAUGGUGGUGUGCACUUGUAAUCCCAGCUACUCGGGAGGCUGAGGCACGAGAAUCACUCGAACCUGGGAGGCGGAGGUUGUAGUGAGCCGAGAUUGUGCCACUGCACUCCAGCCUGGGAGGCACAGCAAACUGUCUCAAAAAAAAAAAAAAAAAAAAAAAAAAAAAGAGUCCUUACCGAUAGCAGGGGCUGCAGUAGCCAUAUUAACAUGACCUUUACUAGCAACUUGAACUUCACCUGCAAAGCUCUGUGGCCACAGUUUUAGCCAAAGGGAAAUGUGCUUUCAUCUUCUAUAGCUCUCUGUGUCUGACAGCAAAGUGACCUGUUUAAACAAACCAGAAUCCCUCUGCAUGGACUGAGAGCAAACAGAUUGAGAUGUAAGUUUCAACUCUGUCCCUAGGAAGUUGUGUGACCCUAGGCCUCUCACCUCUGUGCCUCUGUCUCCUCGUUGCCCAACUACUAUCUCAGAGAUAUUGUGAGGACAGAUUGCACAUGAACUGUCUCGUUAGUGUUUAAAGAUCUACGUGAAUGCAAAACAUUUCAUUAUGAGGUCAGACUAGGAUAAUGUCCAACUAAAAACAAACCCUUUUCGUCCUGGUUGAAGAAUGUGGAGGACUAAAGGUGGCCACAGAUUCUUUAACACUCAAGUCCCCCAAGACCUAAGGGUUUUAUCUCCUCCCCUUGAGAAUGGGUGGCUCUGAUUGUUUUAUCCAAAAGUGGAAGUGACAUUGUGUCAGUUUCAGAUCCUGGUCUUAAGAGGCUGACAGCUUCUACUUCCUGUCCCUUGGAACUCUUGCUAUCGCGGAAGCCAGACUCCAUUUAAAAGUCUGCCUAUCCUGGCCAGGCGUGGUGGCUCACACCUAUAAUCCCAGCACUUUGGGAGACCAAGGCGGGCGGAUCACUUAAAGUCAGGAGUCCGAGACCAGACUCGCCAACAUGGUGAAACCAUAUCUCUAAUAAAAAUACAAAAAUUAUCUGGGCAUGGUAGCGGGCACCUGUAGUCCUAGCUAUCAGGAGGCUGAGACAGGAGAAACACUUGAACUUGGGAGGUAGAGUUGUAUCGAGCUGAGAUCACGCCACCGCACUCCAGGUUGGGUGACAGAGUGAGACUCCAUCUCAAAAAAACAAGGUCUGCCUAUCCUGAGACCACCCUGCUGUGAGGAAGCCCAAGCAGCCAUGUGGACAGUGCCUGACCAGCCCCAGCUUUCAAGCCAUCCAAGCCCAGUCACCAAACAUGAGAGAGAAGAAGCCUUCAGGUGAUUGUGGACUCUACUAACAUGACUGAUACCACAUGAUACAUCCCAAGUGAGAACUGCCCCAUAAAUCCAGAAAACCAAAUUAUUAUCUUAAGUCACUAAGUUUUGGGUUUGUCUGUUCCACAGCAAGAGAUAACUGGAACAGAGAGCAAGCCUGACAAAUGGGCACACAGACUCAGCCCAUACCUUCCUGGUUCUAAUGUUCUUAGGGAGCCCAGACUAACCCUGGAACUCUCAGGAACUUAGGUUUCCACUGGACAGUUCUAGAAGGGCUAUGGACCAAAUCAGGUAACUCACCAGACCAGCCUUGGAAUCUAUCAAAUCUAACUGCUGAGCUACACAAUACAUUCCAAUUGUCAUCACAAUUCUAUGACUGAAGGCCGGGUGCAGUGGCUCAAGCCUGUAAUCCCAGCACUUUGGGAGGCCGAGGCAGGUGAAUCACCUGAGGUCAGGAGUUCGAGACCAGCCUGGCCAACAUGGUGAAACCCUGUCUCUACUAAGAAUACAAAAAUUAGAUGGGCGUAGUGGUGGGCGCCUGUAAUCCCAGGUACUUGGGAGGCUGAGUCAGGAGAAUCUCUUGAACCUGGAAGGUGGAGGUUGCAAUGAACCAAGAUAGUGCCACUGCACUCCAGCCUGGACGACAGAGCAAGACUCUGUCUCAAAAACAAAAAACAAAACAGAACAAUUCCAUGACUGAAAGUGACUAAAAAGCUGCCUUUUUGCCAUUAACACCCUGCACUUUGCAGCCAAUCAGAACUGACGCAGUCUGGGUGCCAGCUACUUCAACCCACACCUUUACCAUUUCCACACAUCAACUGCCGAGAAUAUGAAAAUGCAGUGACAGGUUUUAGGAUCCUGCUUCAGAAUUUCCUUUUCCUGGUUUGGUCACUAGAGUUGGCUAUUUAUCUGUUUCUAAACAACUGCCAUUUUAUCGAAUAGUUUAGAGACCACUAUUAAAUAUUGUGACUGAUGAAAGAUCUGUGAAUUUUUUUAUACAUAUUCUAAGAGUUACCGUUUUGAUACCUUUUAAAAACCAGCAGCUUUCUACUAUAUUCAUGUAAGACAGCAUGAAUAAAAAUGUUUUUUGAUACAGGGUUUUAUCUGGCUUUAAACUCAGGAACCAAGUUAAUUAUGCCAGAUUGAACUUUGAUUUUUACUACCUUUUCAAAGACAUUUUAAAAAGUGGGUAAUUAUACGUAUAUAAUAUGCAUAAUAUUUCUUUGGAGCUGACAUUUCUUUUCUCCACGAAUUCUAUGUUACUGUUACAUCUUUCCGUUCUGAUGGCCUCUGGGCCUUUGUACCUUUGGUUUUGGUGCCUUAUUCCUAGUAUGUUUCUAUCACCUUAAUGAGGCCGCAGAUGGAGUCAGAAUGUGAAAUUACAAAUAAUCACUGGAUCCACCUACUGUUUUCCAUCACCUUCCCCACUGAUGCUCUGGGUAAGACAGUGAUGUGUCACUUCAACUGUGUGUAAUAUGUCAGACACGUCCCAUAAUAACAGGCGUCAUAUUUGUAUUCUUAUUUUUAGUUUACUGUAGAAAAUAAUGGCAUCACCAAAGGUGAUGAGAGUUUUUGUAGGAUCUGUUUUCUUAUACUUAAAGACAGUCUUCUGUUAUGGUAAUUGCCAGUAUUCAUGGCUUCCUCUCUGCGUCAGAAGAGAAGGGAUCUGCUUUCUCUCGGCUGAUUUCACAUAGUAUUGGUAAUAGACUUGCAUUUCUCUUUCUAAAGGGGAAUAACUUUUUAAACCCUUCCUGAUUUUAGCCUGGCAAUGUAAGUGUCCUUAAUGUGACUGUUUUGAUAAUUAAAAAAAAAAAAAAUGUAUAAUUUG